AUGCACCUAUCCCUUCGCUUGCUCAUCGCCUGCGUAGGCCUUCGUAGUUCUAUUGCAACUUCUUCGGCAUAUGAUUAUGUUAUCAUCGGUGGCGGAACAGCUGGACUAGCCGUUGCGGACCGUCUCUCAGAAGAUCCCUCGGUCAGUAUCGCCGUGAUUGAAGCUGGACCAAACGCUGAACAUCUUCCCGAGGUGUUCAUCCCUGGACUCUUCGGGAGCGGCCAGGCAUUCACUACACUCAACUGGGCCUAUAAAACGACGCCACAGCCAAUGCUCAACAACCGGAGCCUUGUCGUCAAUGCUGGUAGAGUUCUUGGAGGAAGUACAACUAUCAACGCGAUGCUAUUCCCCCGGGCCGGGCGAGCGCAAUACGACGCGUGGGCGGAGCUGAAUCGUGAUGCAUCGUGGGGUUGGGACGCGUUAUUGCCGUUCUUCCGGAGAUCUGAACGCGUCACGCCUCCCGAUGCAUUCCAGGUCAACGAAGGGGGUGUCACCUACGACCCCGAGGUACACGGCAGCGCCAGUGAUGGAAGGGUGAAAGUCGGGUACCCGAAUAUAUUCUUUGAGCAGUCGACUUUGUGGCGUCAAGCUGCCGUUGCUGUGGGGUUCCCUGGCGAGAGGGAUUUGGCGAGCGGAGACCCCCAUGGAGUUGGCGUUUCCCCUGAGUCGAUUGAUGUAACGAAUUAUACGAGGUGCUCGGCUGCUUGUGCAUAUUACACUCCCUUUGCGAGCCGACCGAAUUUCAAUGUUAUUACGAACGCGACGGUCACGCGGAUUGUUUGGGAUACUCCCUCAUCUGGAUCGCACUCUGGUAAUAAUAAUUUGCGAGCAAUUGCUGUCGAGUUCGUUCGAGCUGGUUCGAACAGGACAGAAAGCGUUACUGUCCGGCGAGAGGUCGUCGUCUCAGCUGGAACUAUAGGGACUCCCAAAGUAUUUGAGUUAUCUGGCGUAGGGAACUCUAGUAUAAUACGAGCUGCUGGUGUCAACCCGGUUCUUGAGCUGCCUUCCGUUGGUGAGAACCUCGCAGGCCUUCUCACCUCUUUCCCGGGCUCUCUUGGGUUACCCGGCCCGUUGAACAUCUUCAACAACACAGGUAUUCUCCCCACUCUCCUUCAAGAGGCCAAGGCAAAUCUCAGCCAUUUCGCGCACCUCUUCGCGAAUGGGAAUGCGCUACUCGAGAAGGGCAUCCGGGCCCAGCAUGAAAUCGUUCUUCGAUCCUAUGCAGACGACUUGGCGCUACCUCUAGAAAACAGUUUAUUUCCAGGAUACGCUGGGGCGGCGGCUGACCGUCCUCAACGGAACUACACGACAAUCAUGAAUGUCUUGUACGCCCCUUUAUCUCGCGGACGUACACACAUCACAUCCUCGGACAUACGCACAGCACCGGUAGUCGACCCAGCGUACUACAUGCACCCCCUAGACGCCACAACGCAUGCUGCAGGCAUCAACCUCGCCCGCAAGACCCUCACCACUCCUCCAAUGGACUCCAUCUACCUGGGCGAAUUCGAACCCGGCAGCGACGUGACAUCACCCCAAGAUAUAUCCACUGUCCUCCGCGCAGCCAUCGUUUCAAGUGAUAAUCACGUAACGGGUACAAUGGCUAUGAUGCCUAAGGAGCUCGGAGGGGUGGUCGAUACGGAGCUUCGUGUUUACGGAAUUGAGAACGUUAGAGUUGCUGAUGCCUCAAUAAUACCGAUACCCGUCAGCGCGCACACGUCGUCGACUGUUUACAUGAUUGGAGAGCGCGCUGCAGAUCUCAUCAAGCAUAGUCGAUCUCCACUGUAA